GGCCAAUAUGGCGGCGGGCGUCAGAAUGUAGCUUCGCAACGGGACGAUUUAUUUAAACUACUGUUGAUUCAAGAAGUUUGUCUUUUAGUUUCAGCUUUCCUUAAGUCACUUUCUGCAGCAGCAGGAUGUCUGGAAAACUCAGUAACCCCCUGAAGGCCGGCGACCUGGUGUUCGCCAAGAUGAAAGGCUUUCCUCAUUGGCCGGCUCGGGUCUGUAAAUCAGAGAACGGCUACAGGAAGCGAGUCCCUGUCUACUUUUUCGGGACCCAUCAGAUAGGCUCCGUCACGCCGGAGAACGUCGCUCCGUACGUCGGCAACAAGCUGAAGUACGGCAGCGGCGUCCGCAUCAAAGGCUUCGCUGAGGGGAUGUGGGAGAUCCAGAACACGCCCGGCCUCGGCAGCAAACUCAAGGUUCAAUCGAAGAUCUUCACUAAAAAAACACCAGCAAAACCAGCUUCUCCUUCUACUACACUCUCCAAAUCUACUUCUGUGUCCUCCAGAAAAACUCCUGCAGCUAAAACUCCUGAUGGAAAACCUAAAGGAGCUUCUGCUCCCACUAAGUCUGAGUGCAACACUAAGCCUGCUUCAAGCAGAAGCACCCCGAGUCGAGCUUCGGGUGAGAAAGAAAGUUCAGAGAGAUCCACAAGAACCUCGUUUCGAUCGGCUCCAGAUAAAACAAUCCAGACCAAACAAGAUCUGGUCUCUUCCAGAUUGACUUCUGAUCAAGCUGUAGAAACAAAGAAAGAUAAAGAAACACUAGACUGUAUCACAACUACAAGAUCCUCAUCAAGGUCGGUUCAAUCUGUAGAACCACAGCUAGAUAACGAAACUCCAGAUCAUGUUGAGGCUAUAAGAACCUCCUCUAGAUUGUCUCCAGAUGAAGACAUGAACUCUGGACUGGGCAAAGAGUCUGCAGAACCUCCUGCAGCUGCAGUCAGGUUGCCUAAGUCCAAUCCAAAUGACUUCACACAGUUUACAGAGACUGCAGAGCAUAGAGAGGUUAGAUUAGAGUUAACCAGGCUGUCUUCUAAUGAGACAGCAGAGUCCAGUCAGGGUGAAGACUCUGCAGAUCAGACUGCAACCAGGUUAGCUCCAGAUAAACCAACAGACUCCAAAGUGGAAAAAGAAACCGGAGAUGACGAUACCACAUCGUCUAGAUCAGUUCCAGUUAACACCACAGAGUCCAAACAGGGUAAAGAACCAGCAGAGCAGCCGGCUGCUACUAGAACCUCAUCCAGAUUAGCUCCAGAGAAACCAACGGGUCCAAAGCCGGAUCAGGAAGCAGGAGAGGUCGCUGCGCCAACGAGAAGCAGGCGGUCGGCGAGCGCUGGGUCACUGGCAGAACCAUCGACCCAAAAGGAAACUCCAGCUCAGACUAAAAGAGAGGUGAGAUCAGGAAGAGCUUCUUCUGCCUCUGAUGGAAAACCUGCAGCCGGAUGGACAGGAAGCAAACCUCUGGCCAAGAAGGAAACGGCGAGCAGCGGCGAGCAGGAAGCGGCUGCAGGACGAGUUUCCACCCGGAGCAGAGCAACAGAUUUAAAGUUCAGUGACAUUCCUGACUUGCCGCCUCCCAGGAAGAGAGAAAAGAUGCAAGAAAGCAAGAAAUCCAGGCGGCCAAGAGGAAGAAAGAGGAGAAGAGAGAAACUGAGUCCGAGCAGCGAGGACAGGAUGGAAGAUCAGCCUGAGAGCAGAGCGUCGAAAAGAAAGAUGGAGGAGGAGAAAACCGAGGAAGGAAGAGAAGUAAAGACGAGGAGGAGCAAGAAAGACAAAGACAGGAGAAAGAAAUGA